AUGCCGCCACUGCCGCGGGGCAUGGUGAUGGUGUCGCGGAAAUGCAACGGAGGGAACAUCGCCCGCCUCCUGCAGCGGCGUCGGCGCGUUGUGGAAGAGAUGGACAAUGACGCCUACGACUUUAUUUGCGGGAGAGCGUGCGUGUUGUACGUUGAUGACCUGAAUCGUUUAUGUGACGCGUCGUACAGAAGCGCAGUGUCGCAGCGAAUCUCAUCCUCCAAGACCCAAGUUGUCUCGUCUGGCCGUCGCAUUCUUCUGUUGCUGCUGGUGGGCGUAACAGAUCCGCGUCCAGAUGUGUUGGUUUGGCUCAAUCUUCAUUGCAGCGUGGAGCUGCGUUGUACCGUAAUGUUGUGUUGGACCGAAGAAGAGUGUGCAAGCUACUUGGAGGGCCUGGCAGACAGCUCCGUGGCCUCCGUAGACUACUGCAUGACCAGCAAGAAGGAGAGCGCGCCCAUCCCGGUACUUAUCGAAGCCUUUACUCAAACUCCUCAGCUCAUGACGCGCAAUGACGUUAUUCGCGCGGCUCAUCGCUACGGCUCCGUCGCUGAGCUUCUUACCGCGUCUGCCGAGGAUUUAGCCUCCCUCCCUGGCUUUGGUCCCAAAAGGGCUGGAAGACUCUACGCCGUUCUUCACGCGGGCUUUCCUGCUUCUUGUCGUCUUGUGUCGGAAGUGCUAUCAGAAAGCUUUGAGCCGCACACUGUGGAUGAAACACAGGCGGCACCUGGGAGAAUUGCGGCAAGGGAAGAGAUGCUGAAGGCCCUAAACCAACUACAGCGCCGCGAAAUGGAGGAUGACUCGCACAAUGAGUGA